AUGGUUCCAGGGGACGCAGAGUGUGACCGUAACCCCUGGAGUAUCGAGGAUGGUUCUGGGGGUGCAGAUAGUGAACGUAACCCCUGGAGAAUCGAGGAUUCUUCUGGGGUUGCAGAGAGAGAGAUCGUAAUCCCUGGAGUAUCGAAGAUGGUCCCGGGGAUGCAGAGGUUACAGUCUGCCCUUGUUACUGUUCGACGUAAAACAGAGCUACAGCCGGCCCUUGUCGCUGUAACUCGUAAAACAGGGUUACAGACGGCCCUUGUCAAUGUUACACAGCAACGGAGCAAAGACAAACGGAGCAAAGACAGACGAAGCAAAGAUAAACCGAGAAAAGACAGACGGAACAAAGACAAACGGAGCAAAGACAAACCGAGAAAAGACAGACGGAACAAAGACAAACGGAGCAAAGACAAACGGAGCAAAGACAGACGGAGCAAAGAUAAACCGAGAAAAGACCGACGAAACAAAGACAAACGGAGAAAAGACAGACGAAGCAAAGACAAACGGAGCAAAGAAAACGAAGCAAAGACAAACGGAGCAAAGAUCAACCGAGAAAAGACAGACGGAACAAAGACAAACGGAGCAAAGACAAACCGAGAACAGACAGACGGAACAAAGACAAACGGAGCAAAGACAAACGGAGCAAAGACAGACGGAGCAAAGAUAAACCGAGAAAAGACCGACGAAACAAAGACAAACGGAGAAAAGACAGACGAAGCAAAGACAAACGGAGCAAAGAAAACGAAGCAAAGACAAACGGAGCAAAGAUCAACCGAGAAAAGAUAA